AUGGAUUCCGAAGUGUUGGCGGCGAAGGCAGGACCUUCCAUGGCAUUUUUCUUGGUGCUGGCGGGGUUUGGAGGGUUUUUGUCCUCAUCUGGCGCCAAUGUGAUGGCUUGGUCUGAGUUCAAGCGGCGGUCUGGCAAGGAGUGGACCAGGUGCCAAAGCAUGGGCUUCGUGUUCGCGUGCUUCAUCUUGAACAUCACAGGCAUUGGCAUGUUCCUGGCAUCAACGGCGCUUGGUGGGGCAGUUGCCACCGUCAUGCCGAUCCAGACCGGAGCGAACUUGCUGGGGAAUAUGCUUUGGCAGACGCUCCUGGGGAUGAAGUAUUACACGAAGAGCAUGCGUGUUGGCACGAUCGUGCUGAUUUGCGCGGUGAUGGAGCUGUCGGAGAUUGGCCCGCAGGAGCCCUCCGAAUGGGCACCCGAGGAGAUACAAGAGCUCAUGACGAAACCGGUGGCCAUUGCAUGGAACUGCGUCAUGGUGCUUUGUACCCUGAUCUCACUCUAUGGUGUCUACAGGACGCUGCAUCUACCCAUGGAGUCGUCUUUGAAGCUCUUCCUCUUCGUGUCCCUGGUGACUUUCUCCACCGUGAUCGGGGCGUCUAUCGGAAAGCUCCUGGGCUUAGUGAAGGGCACCGUCUUUGCUUUAGUCGCCUUCCUGUACUUCUUGGAUGGCGUGAUUUGCCUGGGUGGCACGGUCUUGGCGAACGGCCACUGUGAUGUGUCCUUGUUCAUUCCGGCGCAGCUCUCCUCACAAUUAGUGGUCAACAUGAUCACAGGCUACUUGGUGUGGGGCGAUGCCAAGUACGUCGCUUAUCCCACCUCGUAUUUGUUGGUCUACGCUCUUUGCAUCAUGGGGGUCUAUUUGAACAGCCCCGCGAUGGACGUGCUGGGGGGCUUGACACGGUGGUACAGCAUCAAGCACUCCCGGCUGUCGAAGGGCGAGAGCUGCAGCAAUUUCGGCGAGAACGUCUUGCGGCUUCUGGAGCUGUGGCGCCGCGGGGGCGCUGCGCCGGAGGCGUACCGCGACCAGCUCGGAGCUGUGCUGAACCGCGGAUUGGCCGUCCUGCACGGCCUCAUGGCCUACGGCAUCUUUGGCGUCCUCCAGGUCUUCCAACGCCUCUGGUGCGGCUGGCGGAAAGCCCGCCGCAUGCAACGCAUGCUCAAGGAUGUGCCAGCGACCCAGGGCGUUGGGCAUGACCAGCCGGUAGGAUGGCUCAAUGACUUGAUGGCAAACCUUCAUCGCUUGCACGACUGGCGGCUGGACAUUUGCAAGGGCCUGCCGCUCGCGAAAAGCCUCGGCUUUUCAUGGAUGCCCGCGCCAUAUCUUGUGGUAGCCAACGAUCCGCAGAUCGUGAAGCACAUUUUGAAGGAUGAGUUCAACAAGUACAGCAAGGCCGACACCACUUUGGACCCCUUCUUCUACUACUUUGAGGAUUUUCUGGGUGAGGGCAUUUUUGUGGUGAAGCACGGUCUGGGCUCCAAGGAUGGUGGCCAAGAGUGGAGCCGGAUGCGCAAGGUCUCCGCGCAGAUCUUUACACGAAAGAACUUCAACAGCAUGAUGCAGGAGGUCUUUAUGUCCAAGGCAGAGUCGCUUCGGCGAUUUCUGCAAAAUGCGGGGCGUGGAACGCCGGUUGACAUCCAAGGGUGUUUCUUCAACUUCACCUUUGACAGCAUCAUGAGCAUUUUCUUCGGGGAGGAGUGCAACACCGCGGAAGGUGUGCCGAACGUGUAUGGCAAGGCCUUUGAUAUGGCCAGUGUGUGCCUUCGAGCCCAUAGCGUGAAGUCCAUGGCGCCCUUCCUCUUCUUCAGCACCUUUCUCCCUUGGCCCCUAGGGGGCCACCACGGCGGCUGGGCCCGCUGGUUCUGGGACUGGUCUUCUCCCACCUACCGCCGGCUCAAGCGUUGCAUCCGAACCUUGGAAUCGGAAGCGGAUCGCUUGGUGCGAAAAUGCCAGGAAGACCCCACGCUGGGCGAGAGGAGAGAUUUGUUGGCGCUGUUCCUGCAGGGGAACUUCAGCCCGGAGUUUACCAAGAAGAUGGUGCUUCAUUUGAUCAUCGCGGGAAGAGAUACCACAGCGUGUUUGUUGUCCUGGAUGUUCUAUGAGCUCACUCGGCAUCCAGAGGUGCAAAGACAGCUUCAUGAAGAGAUUAUGCUGAAGCAGCCGCCUGGAACCCCCUUGGACUGGAAAAGCCUCUCGGCCAGCGAAAUGCCGUAUUUGAAUGGUGUAAUCUAUGAGUCUUUGAGGCUUUGGCCACCAGUGCCCUUCGACCUGAAGAUGGCUUUUGAGGAUGACGUGCUGCCAGGUGGCUGGCUGGUGCCCCAGUUCGCUAACGUCGCCUUCUGCCCCUUCAACAUGGGCCGCGACGAGGAGCGCUACCCGGAGGCCUUGGCCUUCCGACCGGAGCGGUGGAUUCCGUUUACGCCACCUCCGCAGCAUGAGUUUCCAGUCUUCCAGGCAGGACCCAGAGUGUGCUUGGGCCAAGAUAUGGCGCUCUUCGAGGCAAAGACUUGUGCAGUGGAGCUGCUGCGCUUUUGCUCCUUUGAGAUGGUGCCCAACCAGGAGGUCACAUAUGGAGAGAAGAUCACCAUGGAUAUCAAAAGCAACGGCAAAGAGGAGUUCUGGGUCACUGUGGUGCCCUGGGCGGGAGGCGAACUAGCAGCCAGCAGUAUUCACCAGAUCCAGUGCUGGUGCAUUGGCUUGAGGACCGCUGUUUUCCGGGUGCAUGUUGCGUGGGCCUUUGAGGAGCAGAGAGCUCUGUCAUCGACGCGCGGGCGUGCGCGCUCGAACCCCCCAGACUUGAAGCUCUUUCAGCUCUACUGCCAACACGAUCCUCACUUCAAGGACUCGUUCCGUCAGACCCUGACCUCUGAGGACUAUCAGAAGUUGAUCAACUUGAAAGAGGUCCUGCACCUUCACCAGACCCUGCCGGCCGCUGCUGGGGCCUUCUUUCCCCUGGGUGGCGGCACGGCGCCGUGCCGGGUGGCGGCGCACUGGCGCUGUCCAGGAGUACAUCCGGGAAGUGUCGGCCUUCGCCUCCACCAUCGACGUGGCGCCCGAACUGGCAGGCUCUGGGAUUUCCCUAGGCGAGGGCCACAUGGAUGGCCGCACGACCAGGCUGCUGGCCUGAGGGAGCGGCAGGGGAGGCGCUUUGGGGAGCCGAGGCGGGCCAGCUGCGAAGGGGAAGUGCUCGUGACCUUCCCAUGCUUCGGUAUUCAACAGUUCCUAUCCUUUCGCAUCUGA